UUAGAAACAGGAAGUAAAAACAAAAGCACAACUGCUCUGAGACUCGAAAGAUCUCCAUCUCAACACAUACAGGGUUGCGUUGAUGGUGUCAGUUUACAUCCUCGGCAGGAGUUUAAAAUCACCAUUAUUCUGGUUGGGUGUGAACUAACAUGUAAAAAGCGUGGAGUCGCCAUUACGAGCCAACACCUAUCACGGAAGAUGUAAAAGACGUUAUGUGUCAGUCUGUCUUUAACAUAAAGGUCUUAAAUCAGGAGAGAGAGGCGAGGGAGCCACCUCCAAAAUGAGUCACCAUGACGUGAUGCAAGAGGAGUUUGAGGAGAAAGAAGAGGAUGAUGCGUGUCAGAGCAAAAUGGACAGAGGAGCAUCUCCAGAACCCAGCAUCGUGUCAAUGAAGAGUGACAGAUCUAUGAACCAACCCCCAAAACUCGCUGAUGAAGCCGUGACCUCUGACCCCAGAGUCAGCAGCAGGAAGAGAUCCAGAUCAGUAUCUUCAGGACUAAGCUAUUGGUCUAUGAAGAGUCAUUGCUCCAUGGUGGAACCCCCACUACUCAGUGAUGGAGCAGUGACCUCUGACCCCAGGAAGAGACCCAGGUCAGCAUCUUCACAACCCAGCUGUGUGUCAACGAAGAGUCGUUGCUCCAUGGUGGAACCCAUAGAACGUAGUGAUGAAGCAGUGACCUCUGACCCCAGGAAGAAACUCAAAACAGAAUUUCCUGGACCCAGCUGUGAGUCAAUAAAGAGUGAAAGAUCAAUGAUGCAGCCUCCACAACUCAAUGAUGGAACAGUGACCUCUGACUCCAGCAGUGUGGAGAUGUGGUGCAGUUUGAGCUGCAAUGCCUCAUCCUGUCAGACGCUUAACAGACAGGACACCAUAGAAUCAGAUCUGACUGAGGACGAGCAGCAGGACUGUCAUGAUGAAUCAGUGGAUGAUGUUCUGCAGAGAGUGAAAGACAAACACAAAAGCAUCAUGAAGAACAAGUAUGAGAGUUUAUUUGAGGGAAUGAAAGCACAAGAGAAUCAAACGCUCCUGAAGAGAAUUUACACACAGCUGUACAUCAGAGAGGGAGAGAGUGAAGGAGUGAAUGAAGAACAUGAGGUUUUACACAUGGAGAAACAGCCCAGAAGAACACAAGACUUACAAGACACUCCAAUCUACUGCAAUGACAUCUUCACACCUCAAUCUCAUCAAAGACACAAAAUCAAGAGCGUUCUUACUAAAGGCAUCGCUGGAAUUGGAAAAACAGUCUCUGUGCACAAGUUCAUUCUGGAUUGGGCCGAGGGAACAGCCAAUCAGGACGUAGAUUUCAUGUUCCUGCUUCCGUUUCGAGAGCUGAACUUGAUUGGAGAGCAUCGCUACAGUCUUCACAAACUUCUGCUGGACUUUCAUCCUGAACUUCAAGAUGUGGACUCUCAGAUUUAUGAGGAGUGUAAAGUUGUGUUCAUCUUUGAUGGUCUGGAUGAAAGCAGAAUGACACGGAUGUUUUCAGACCACAGUGAGAAAGUUUCUGAUGUGACGGACGCUUCAUCAGUGGCCGUGUUGAUGUCAAACCUCAUGAAAGGAGAUCUGCUUCCCUCCGCUCUCAUCUGGAUCACCUCCAGACCAGCAGCAGCCAAUCAGAUCCCCUCCAAAUACAUCACGCGUGUGACAGAAAUCCAGGGAUUCGACGACGCUCAGAAGGAGGAAUAUUUCAGGAAGAGAAUCAGCGACGAGCAUCAAGCCAGCAGAAUCAUAUCCCACAUUAGAAGAGCGAGAAGCCUCCACAUCAUGUGUCACAUACCGGUCUUCUGUUGGAUCUCCUCCACUGUGCUUCAGAAGAUCCUGACACAAGAUCACAGUGAAGAAAUCCCCAAAACUCUGAGUGAAAUGUACAUCCACUUCCUGCUGAUCCAGAUGAAGAUGAAGAAUGAGAAGUAUGAUCCAGAGAGAGAUCCAGAGAUCAACAGAGAAGUGAUUGUGAAACUGGCUGAAGUGGCUUUCAAACAGCUGAUGAAGGGCAAUGUGAUGUUCUAUGAGGAGGAUCUGAGAGAGUGUGGGAUAGACAUCACUGACGCCUCGCUGUAUUCUGGCAUCUGUACUGAGAUCUUUAAGGAGGAAUCUGUCAUUCAUCAGAGGAAGAUCUACAGCUUCAUACAUCUCAGUCUUCAGGAGUUCCUCGCGGCGUUCUACUGGUUACACUGCUGUACAUGCAGACCUCUCACAGCGCUUGGAGAUUUUCAACCGUUGUAUAAUCUGCUUAAAGGUGCAGUAGAUAAAGGUCUUGAGAGUGAAACUGGUCAUCUGGAUCUUUUCUUGAGGUUUCUGCUGGGCAUCUCACUGGAGUCCAAUCAGAGACUCUUACAGGAUCUACUGACACACACGGUGGACACCUCACAAACCAUCAAGAAAACCACACAGUACAUCAAAGAUCAAAUCAAGGGUAAUGAUGGUCUGUCAGCUGAAAGAUCCAUCAAUCUGUUCUUGUGUCUGUUUGAAGUGAAAGAUCAGACUCUGUACAGAGAGAUUGAGGAGUUUGUGAGAUCAGACAAACACUCAGAGAAGAAACUCUCGGCCGCUCACUGUUCAGCAAUAGCCUACAUGCUUCAGAUGUCAGAGGAGGUGAUGGAUGAGUUUGAUCUGAAGAAAUACAACACAACACAGGAGGGCAGAAGAAGACUCAUACCGGCUGUCAACAACUGCACAAGAGCUCUACUUGCUGACUGUAAUCUCAAUGAUCAAUCCUGUGACAUCAUCUCUUCAGCUCUUCAGUCCUCAGAUUCUCCUCUGAGAGAUCUUGAUGUGAGUAACAAUGAUCUUCAGGAUUCAGGAGUGAAGCUGAUCUCUGAUGCUCUCAAGAGUCAAAACUGUCAUCUACAGACACUGAGGUUAUCAGGUUGUAUGGUGACAGAUGAAGGAUGUUGUUAUUUGGCUUCAGCUCUGAGUUCAAACCCGUCACACCUGAGAGAACUCGACCUGAGCUACAAUCACCCACAACACUCAACACUUCAGCUGCUCGCUUAUCAAAGUGAUCCAAACUACACACUCAACAAACUCAAUUUAGACUAUGGAGGACUUUGCAGGGUUAAACCGGGACUGCAGAAAUAUGUCUGUGAUCUCACACUGGAUCCAAACACAGCCAACGUUCACCUCAUGCUGUCUGAAGAGAACAAAAAGGUCACAUAUGUGAAAGAUCCUCAGCCGUAUCCUGAUCAUCCAGACAGAUUUGAAGGUGUUCCUAAGGUUCUGAGUAGAGAGAGUCUGACUGGACGCUGUUACUGGGAGGCUGAAUGGAAAGUGUGGGCCCGUUUAGCCGUGAGCUAUAAAGAAACCAGCAGGAAAGAAGCCAGUAAUAGUAUAUUUGGACUUGAUGACAAAUCCUGGAGUAUUUUCUGCAAUUCCAAUGGAUUUAACGUUUGGCACAACAAUAAAACCAAGAACAUACCUGCUCCUUCACCUCCAUCUAAUCGAGUAGGAGUGUUUGUGGAUUGUUCGGCCGGCACUCUGUCCUUCUACAGCGUCUCUGACACACACACACUCACACACUUACACACAUUCAACACAACAUUCACUCAACCGCUCUAUGCUGGAUUUGCUAUUAAUUUACUCAACUCCUCAGUGUCUCUGUGUAAAUAAACACACACAAUUGUCAAGUAUUAUUUAUCAUUUGUAAUAUUGUGUACAUUUAUUAUGGCACAAUAAAGACCAAGUCA